GUGGACCCUGGACACAUAAGCGCGUGCAACGCCAAGCAAGGUCAGCAGGAAAGCCCGGGCAACGGCCGAGCCGGCCCGUCGUAACAGCUGAGCUCUGCUGCACUCAUCACGAGGCGAUCCGUGCGUACCGCUGAUCCUGCCAAGCAUCCCGGAGGGAAGCAAAGGUCCCGCACCAACGGCCGGCGAGGGAUAAAUAACUCCCUGGUUGGUGGCUGGAGCGCUGGAUUUAGCUGCCGACGCAGCACAGAAACGGUGGACAGGAACCAGGGCUAAACACUGUUGCUUCCGCCUUCCCGACUACCGGUCGGCAUCGCAAGGGCUUGGAGCUUCCACUACCAAAGGCCUGCGUGGGAGAGCGGACCGUUUGGUGGCGUGAGCGUGCCAUUUAGCUCCCGGCGGGAUUUCGGCAACGCUUGAGGGAAACCAGUGACUUGCCGGCCGCUGUUCCUCAUGUCGCCGCUCGGUACGCCUCCUGGGGCAUCGCGCGCCUGACCAAAGCGGCCCCUGUCGGAAGACAGUGGCAACAAGAUACUCUGUGACUCUGGCCGAACCGCUCGUCAUGCAGUGGUACUCGCGCCAAGUGGCCAACCACCCGAGCCUGGUGAUCUUCGUGGUCUUCUCGCUGGCCACCACGGCCAUCGUGGCCUCGCUCACCCUCUGGGAGCUGCCCAGCUUCACGGACCCUCUCAGGGGCUUUGAGCCUCGAGGCACCGUGCUGGCCCAGCGCCUGGCGGCAUGGAAGAACCUGCAGGCAGCGUCUACCUGGGGUGGCAUGCUGUCCAUGUAUCCGGAGCCACAGGACAUCACCAGGUGGCCAAAAAUCACGACAACAGUGCCCCCUGUUGGUGUUGUCUCUCUCACACCACCCUCAGUGCUGCCCUCUGGUAACGGUGGAGAGCAAGGAACCCCAACGAAUGAAAGUCAGCCAGAAGUCCCCCCAGCCGACGAAGAGGAAGGGUCAUACGGUCGGCUUGUUCAAAGUCCACCAACCUCCAAGGGUCGCAAACGCAAGAAAGACCCACAGGACGCACGGUCGGAGCCGGGAAAGCCACGGCGAAAGCUUGGCCCCAUGUGGAAGCGUCGAGGGGAGGGCGCUCCUAGGAACCGUGAAAGGACACACUACUUCUGCAGUGAUCCAUCUCGAAGCCACGGCCACGUGGUCUUUGGCCCAAAGGUUCCCGGAACAAACCUGUUCACCCUGGAGGCUCUACAGUCCAUCUGUCGGACUGACCUGGACGUGUUGCGACGCCCUGCCAGCCUGCGAUCCAUUUGCGAGCGGGUCAGCCCACGCCGCUGCUGCACUUCCUGGUCCAUCCCGCACUUCGUCGCGCUGCUGCACAACCGGUCUUCGUGCCUGGACAUCACGGCGACCGAUGUGCAGGAGGUUCUCAAGAGGCUGGAAGCCUGUGCGCCCCACUACCACAGCAUGAAGUUGAGCCACGACUGCGCCUCGGGGGCCCCGCUGUGCCGCGGGGUACCCGCCGAGUGCAUCGAGUACAACGCAGUGUACACCAUCCUCCACUACUUGGCCGACGUCGACUUCCUCGCACCGGUCGCGGGCCGGGGGGACGACGACGGCGACGAGUUGAUCAGCGACUGGGACGGCGGCAGCCAAUGGAACAACUCGGCGUCUGCGCCGUCUGGUCCGGGCAAGCUCGUCCACAAGCCCCACCUGUCCUACACGAGCGUGUUCCUACCCAUAGCCCAAAGCACCGUGGCUAUGCCCUACUUCAAGGACCUUGAGGAGUACGGCCAGCUGGAGGAUGACGUAACUCAGGUUGUGGGCAUGGAACUGGGGCUGAAGCACGCCCUCUUCGACGAAUACCUGCUUCACGACACGGUGUACGUGGCCCUGGCGGGCGUGACGGUGCUGGCGGCCAUGUGGGCCUACACGCAGUCGUUUCUGGUGACGGCCGUCACGUGCCUGGCCGUCAUCUUCUCCCUGGGCACGGCCUACUUCCUCUACACCACAGUCUUCCGCAUCUCCUUCUUCCCCUUCAUGAACAUCCUUACCCUAACGAUUGCCAUAGGCAUUGGAGCAGACGACGCCUUCAUAUACUGCAAGACCUGGGGGGCAGCCAAGGCGGAGAAAAACAGCGGCACGCUGGUCAAGCUGGUCCGGGACACGCUGCACCACGCCUGUCUCUCCAUGCUGGUCACCAGCGUCACUACAGCUGCUGCCUUUUUUGCCAGCUGUGUCAGCAGUAUCACCGCUGUCCGCUGCUUCGGCCUGUUUGCCGGCACGGCCGUGCUGGCGAGCUUCUUCUUCACGGUGACGUGGCUGCCUGCAGCGCUCAUCGUGGCCGAGAAGUGGUGUUCCUCAACAUGCUGCCUCUGUGUGCCGCCAUUCGGGGUGUACCUGCCACGGCUCAAGCGCUUCUGGUGUUGCUCCCCCGUCUGCGCCGCACUGUGGCGCCUCCAUCACAGCUUUGCUGAAGCGGCACGUGUCUUCUACGACAAACUCCUGCCGUGCAUCGUGAUUCGACUGCGGUGGUUCUGGCUUUUAUCGCUGACCCUGGUGGCCGCCGGCGGGGCAGUGGCCAUCUUUGUCCACCCGCGCCUACGUCUGCCCGAGUCGCCUGAGUUUCAAGUUCUGAGUGCCAGCCACCUGUUCGAGCGCUAUGACCUUGACCUGAAGGAGCGCUUCUGGUUCGAGAAGGCACGGAGCCGGGACCCGUUCCAUCGACUGCCUAUCCGCAUCAUCUGGGGCGUGCUUCCUGUGGACACAGGCGAUUACCUCGACCCUUCCAACAAAGGGGCAGUGGUCUUUGACCCUGCAUUUGACGUUGCGGACCCAGCAUCGCAAGAGUGGUUGCUAUCCUUCUGCAAGCGGCUGCGUGCACAAAGCUUCCACCGUUCGGCACUCGGCGUCCUCUUCUCGGGCUGUUUUAUCGAGACACUCAAGUCUUGGAUGGAGAGGCGGUGUGUCGACAGUUUCAAGCAGGCCGAUCGCUUUCCCUGCUGCGAGUCUUCCCACUUCCCAUACCCAAGGGACGUCUUCAGCCUCUGCCUGCGGAGAGCCAUCGCAAGCUUGCACCAGUCUCCCGGCUACUACUUUGUCCCCGGCAUGGCGGGACCGCGCUUCCUACGCAAUGGCACAGUACGGGCAAUCGUGCUCGAGUACGACAGCGUCUACUCUUACUCCCACUCGCACCACGACAUGGACAACUUCUGGCACCGCGUAGAAAGCUGGAUUGAGCAGGAAAUGAAGUCUGCGCCACCGGGACUUCGCAACGGGUGGUUCACCAGUGACCUCGAGUUCUACGACCUCCAGAGCAGCCUGGCAGAAGGCACGCUGGUCGCCAUGGGCGUAGCGGUGGGUGUGUCGUUUGUGGCCCUACUGGUGACCACGCUGAACCUUCUCGUGAGCCUGUACGCCAUCAUCACGAUUGCGUGUGUCAUCUGCACGACGGUGGGUGCGCUGGUGCUCAUGGGGUGGCGGCUCAAUGUGCUGGAGAGUAUCACGGUGUCGGUCGCCAUUGGCCUGGCCGUCGACUACACGAUACACUACGGUGUGGCUUACCGCCUGUCAGCUCAGCAGGAUCGCGAGACCUCAGUGAUUCAGUCGCUGUCCCGCGUCGGCAGCCCCGUCACCAUGGCAGCCCUGACGAGCUUCCUGGCAGGCGCACUCAUGUUCCCCUCAUUCGUGCUCGCCUACCUCCAAGUGGGCACAUUUCUCAUGCUGAUCACAGUCGUCUCGUGGGUGUACGCCACGUUCUUCUUCCACUCGCUGCUCAGCGUCGCCGGACCACAGCGCGGUCAGCUGCAGCUCGACUACCCGAGCCUACACUGCUGCGAGAGUGCGUCACCAGCACCGGUUGACAAGACCGUGUACGCCCUCUCCGAGUCCACCCUGUCCACUUCGAGCGCCAGCUGCCCGGCCGCCAUCAUACACAGCGAGAGCCACGAGCUCGAGCCGCUGACCCUCGCUGCCACGCUCAACGGCGGCAGCGCGGUGAACCGUGUCGGCAACGGCAACAAAAAGAAGCAGAAGAAGGCAAGGCAGCGCUCGGGGAGUCUGUCCGCCGCGGCCGCAAGAACUCACGGCGCCCGCCGGAAAGUGAGCCUUCCGGUCGUGAGUGUGACAUACCACGGCGACCCGAGUCCGCGUCACGUGUCGGGGGCCACCAGUUCAUCAACCAUCGUGUGCGGGGCCGACGAGGACAUUCACGACGACCCCAUCGUGUGAGCCAGUGCUGCUGACAGACAAGGCUUGCUGGGCAAACCACAGUAGACAAACGCAGGGAUUGUUCCAGCAUUUCUAAAGGGAUCCUCCCAGUCGGUGAGGUGGGCGUCGGCAGUAUUAAGUGCCAAACAAAGACCGCGAAGAGAGAUUUGUUGAAAGGCUCGUGCUACCCUAAUGCCAGGGACUUGUUUUUCAGUACCCUGUUUACUCAAGUGUGACAGCCAGCUAUAGUUUGAGAGCUGCAGUGUUAUGUCAUGUAUUAGACGAUCGCAAAUGUGACGUUGUUUGCUUACGUGGCACAAUGUGGAAGAGGCCAAGAUCUUUGACACCAUUGUGUGAAUGAACCUAACGGUGGCUAUCUUGUGCAAGGUGGGAAAGGCAGGACCCCCAAGAGUUGAUUUUCUUGAUGGCUAAUUCAAGCUUCAGAGUGAGGUGACACGGCCAAGUGAGAAGGGUCAUGCUCGCCACGAGGAGGCAGUGAAAACCGUGUUGAACGCCGUAAGCGCAAGGGUCAGCAGUCAAAGCUAAUAGCAUGGCACAUGGCAAACACAAGGACAAAGCUGAUUGCAACAACACAAGCGCUGUGUUGCAUCACUGAGCUUGGUGCUCAUGAUGAUGAUGAUGAAUUUGGUGUUUUGUGGCCUAAGGGCAAAGUAUGGCCAAAGAGCACCAGGCCACAUUUGGCGAGUUUAAAAUGUAGUAAUGAAUUACUGCAAUUGGUUGUGACUUGGCUGUAAAGGGGCCUAAAAACCAGCCACUGUAAGGUCCGUGAAAUGUGUAUGUGAUAAAAUUAUGGAAAUGACCAAUGAAGUGUGCUAUAAACAGACACAAAAGUCGCAUUGCAAAGGGAUAUGAUAAUACUCGUAUUUGCUCGUAUCGCCGUGCUGUUGGCUUUAGCCUGCACUAACUUGCCAAGUUUUCUCUUCUUAGGUCAGUGGCUGAAAGAGCUCUUUGUUGCAGGAAGUUGAGUGUGCAUUUAGGUUUGCGCCUAUGUACUUGCCCACUUAUUACAAACAAGAACACCUUAGAGGGAAGCGGACAAUGGAAACUCCUCACAACCGAGCCCAGGUCCUCGUUGCCAGCUCGCUUGCUUUCUUCUUUGGGUUAACCCAACAGAGGCGCUCAAGGUGUGACCACUUGACAUGUACAUAUUGCUCUUUGUUGCCAGAUCAGCAUGCAGCAGAUUGCGAAGAAAUUUAUUAGUGACUGCCUUACUAAUGAUCAAAUAUUGUGGCUAUGCUUUUAAUUACAAUUUAAUGUCAUGAUGUAAAUAUGGAGUGAGCUAAUGAUUACCCAUAAUGUUAUAUGUGAAGUAGUGCCAAUGUCUGUGGUUUUCAUUUUGAGUGAACGGGAGCGUUGCAGUCAAAUAUUGCAAAUGAGAAAAAUGUGCUUUUGCUUUCAGCCAGUCACAAUGCAAAUGAACAAAAGAAAAAGAACAUGAGCAGCAAGCAUAUUCCGCAUUUUUUUUUUUUUACUAAACGUGUGUUCGACACCAAAGCCAAUCAUUAUGGCUGAAAGUUUGCUAAUUGUUGUCAGUAGCAUUUCAUUAACGUGAAGCUUCACUUGCACACCAUGCACACAUUGUUAAAUGAGACAUAAAUGUUAACGAUACAUAACAUUGCAUGGACAAGGUUGUUUCAGGCACCUACAAGCUAGGGAUGUGACAUUCAGUUUAUGAUUAUCAAGCUGUUGAAAGAAUCUUGCUUUGUUGAGUAGCAUUUGUUUGCAAUGCCGUUGGGAACAUCACAAGUAAGAUCAGCACUUUGUGAUCAAAGUACUGGCACAUGCUUUUGUAACUGGACCUAACUACUGUAUAUAUUUAACAGAUGACCUUGCCUUGAAGCCCAACUAUGUGGCUGCUUGUGAAGUGCACGCUACACACUUCUCUAUGCUGAUAGACUUUUUCAAAAAAUUUCAUGAAAUAAUGUUUCGGAUUGUUCCUAGAUACAUUAUACUGAUGGACUCAACGAAUCCUACAUUGGAGCAAUUUCUUACAAGCUUUACAGCUUUGUAAAGCAUAAAAACAUUUAAGCUCAUCUGAAAUAGUUUUCUGGACAGAUUGUUUGACUAUAUAGUACUAGCAAUUUUAACAAUUUAAACUGAAACGCUGCUUAUCAAUGCUAAAGUAAGUGACCCAUUUUAGUACCUACUGCAACAUUUACAAAUAUGUAAUGCUGCCAGUAUAUGAGACAACCGUUUGAAGAAUUUGUUAUGAAUGUUACUUGCCAUUUGAAGACUAAGGGGUUAUUGAAGGAACUUGAACAUUUUGGUAACUAUUCAAAAGCAUGCAGUUUUCGGUGAAAUUUGUUUUCUGCCAUUCACCAGCAUUCAUGCCUUAUAAUUCCAGUGACAGAACUUAUGCUCAUUUGGCCUGUCACAUGGUGUGUGCAUGAUGUACGGAUGCAUAGAGAUAGGCAUUAUGUAUUGUGCUGCCGUGGUUACUGAAGAUUCUGUUCACUUAAGUUGUAAUUUUGCAACGUGGUGUCGUGACUCCUUUGUACCAUUAUUCGUCACACCUGCCGUCACAUGACUCAGUGUAAUGCAUGCAGUGGAGCUUUAUAUUUUGGCGCUGCUGCCAUGAAUGCCAGAUCUCUGAGACUUCAUGGCAAGACAUGUCACAUGUGUGCUUCCGAUGUCCACCAGUCUGCCGAGUUGUUACGUCACGUCACCUGCUUGCGUGACAGGCGGCUGACAGACUGAGUUAACCAGCACGCGUCUUCUCUUCUGUGUGUCUCUCCAAAGUGAGCAGCAGCACCUGAAAGUCACAACUUGUGUGGCAAAACUUGUGCAUACCUCCUCAAAGGUCGUCACAUAUGUGUCUGUCACACCUUGUAUAAUGCACCGAGUCUAGCGCCACCGAGCAGUAGUUUCUUUCUGUAUAUACAAUUCAGCAGAGAUCUAGAGUAGGCUAGCUGGUACAUAAACACUGUAGAAGAGAGUUGUAUGGUACAGGUGUCAUUGGUAACGUGUAGAAGCAAGAAAAAAAGACAAAACAUCAUGAGUGUCUGCAGCAGCUGAAGAUUCCUGUCAUGUUUUUCUCAUGUCUCCAUGUUAUUAAUAUCAUCUGUUACGCCGUUCUGACGUUUCACUUAUUUUUUACAGUGAAAUAUGUAAAAUAUGCAUUUGUGUCGGACAAAGCCUUACAAUACCUUUGUGUCAUCUGAUAUCUGGCUUUUGUUUACGUAAAACAUCUGUUCUGGAAAAGAACAUAUUGGUAAUGUUUUGUGCGAAUAUGUGAACGAGUUACCUCUAAUACCGGCUCUUGGUUUGUUAUGAGGUUCCAUUUAUUGAGAUCUACAAGGCUGUCUUUUUGAUAUGGCUAUACGUCAGCCAUGAUUUCCAUUGCUGACAGAACAUGUAGCUUACUGUUGAAAUUAAAGCAGAUGGUUUUGCUAGAGUGAUGUUAACUUCACACAGUCUUGAACAAAAUUAUCAAAAUUGAGUCUCAGAUUCUUUGGGAGAGGCGUACAGUUCAAGGCUAGGUUUGAACAAGCCAUAAGCUUGUGGUACCUCUCCAAGCUGGCUAAAAUAUGUCUUGUGUUUCAAGAACUCGAUGUGGAGGACACGCAUUGUUGUUCACUGUAUGGAGAAGCUCAAGAUUGUGCUUUGUGUGAGUGCUCAUUCAGUGAAGUCAGCGGACUGUAUGAAUGCUAGGCAGUAAAGCUUGGCCAACGUUUCAUGUGUCAUAAUGUUCCCAAGUAAUGGGAAACACUGUCAUUCAUGAUGUUCAUGUAAAUUUCACCGAGUUAAGUUUUUAGCACUUGUAGAACGUCAAUGGUGCCAACCUUGUCAAAAAUCCUUUUGUAAAUGACUUGUUGGAUGUACACAAAUGUAGGCCUUCACUAGCUUGACGAGUAUAUUACACCACAUUUAUUAUAAAUAACCUCGUCAAAAUGUUAGCUAGUUGUCAGUUGAAAGAUCGAAAAAAACUAUUAAGGCGUGCCAAAUGGCGACAUGCAGAGUUGGUUUCAAGAGUUGUAGAUAUUUCUAUGUCUUUACAUACAUUUCAGGGCAUGCAAAGGUCAACCAUGUUCAUGUUCAUAUUAACAAUCAUCAUCACCUGUACAAGGCGCACAUUAAACGUCAGUUCAUCUAGAAGAUGUUCGCUGAUGCAUGACUCUCACUAGAUUGAAGCGCAACUCCUGCAAUUUUUUUUACCAUGUCGAAGAAGCUGUUGGUUUACGUUUCUUUGUGCCCUUUGUCGUGUGCAAGAUAAUCCAGUCUGCACAAUACAGAAACUUAAGUGAUACUUGCGUCACACGGGAACAAGUAAUGAGAUAAAUUGCACAUUGCACUAAAAUUUUGUCUGGUUCCACAUAGACAUAGUGACGUUAAAACCUAGUGCCACUUGAGCAUACCGUGUUCUCACAAAUCGUUCAGCCGCUGAAUGCAUAAUAUUGUCCCCAAGUUACCAGGCUGCACAUGAUAAACACAUUUAUGAAGUAAUCUGAAAUAUGCUGCAUAAAGUACGCCUGUGUUUUUAUCUGCCUUUAAUCAGCUUCUGCCUGCUAAGUAACAUUUUCAAUGAUGCUACGAUUGGUAAAGAAACUGCAUUCACUGAAACUUUCGUCAUCACAAUAUUUAAAUGUCAUUAAAAAUGUGCAAGUAGCAGCGACAUUGAUAUAGUACUGGCAUGAAGAAGUAGAGGAAAUUAAAGAUUUAAUUUUGAUUCUUUCUGGCAGAAUUUGUUUCAUUACUGUCACUAGACCAUGGAAGCAUGAUAGAGAUUUAGUUCACACCUUACAUACACAUAAAACAAAACAACUGCCGGAGUUGCUCUUUUAUACCACGGGAUAGUUUGUGUAAAGAGCAUCUUUUAUGUGUGUGAGAUAACCUGGUGCGAUUCAACAUGUACUGCCUCUGGUGGUAGAGUUAGUUCCACUUGGAAUGUAAUUUCAUUAUCGCUGCGAACUGCAUGUACGUUAUAUGGUGCUGUGCGCCGCGGUUGCUUGUAGCACCAUGAGAAAUGGUGCCAACAUUUGCAGUUGUGUACGUUACUCGUUUCCUGCUGACAGCUGUCACGCAAGAGAUAUAUUGCAAGCCACAUUGUCUCAUCAUGUGCGCGCAUACUAUGCUGUGCUGUCAAAAGUUUGGUCUGUCACUGACGUGAUUGUUAGCCAACCUGCUUAGCCGUACUGCAACUUUUAUUAGACACAAAUGGCAACAGUAACAUGCGCCAUGUUUCUAGUGCAAGAGUUUGAUUUCAGUAGGAACAGAAGUACAUUUUGGUGGUGUUGUGUGUUGAACUGUGCUUAGAAGCAAGUGAAUUAUUUGUAGGACAUGGCUUAAAUGCCAUAGAUUUUUUUUUAUAUAUGAGUGUGACUGAAGGUGGUUAGUAUGCCAAGUUUCGUGAAAAUUACGCGGGCAUUACAUAAUGCUGCUCUCACUGUGGGCAUUCUAAUAGCAUGCCUAAGAUGCACUGAUGCGCCACUUUGUUUUUACACUUACCGGCAAUCGCAGAGCAAGAAACGCUUUGGAGGAGAAACUCGAAAUUUACGCCAUAGCUGGAUAAUGGCAGAAGCUAUCUGGGUAGCCCGAAGCCUGUGCUGUCUGGUGGCUGAAAUUAUAGCGGUUACCAUGGUUACAGGGCACCAGUGCUGCCACCCUGCAUGCUGCAUCGCUAGGUGGCACCACUUGAUGCCCUUACAGUUGCUGCGCGCGCUUCGUAUGGGGAGGCCAACUUACAUGACCUUGCGUGCUAAGCUGCGCCGCAAGCUUUCGGAGUCGAUGGACAUCAUUAAUUUAGGCUGCUAAUUGAUGAGGACAUAAUUAAAUUAGGCCUAUAGUGAUGACUUUCCCAUUCUACUAUUUCUGCUUGUGAUGCCAUCUGGUUGCUCGCCUGCUCUGGCACACACGCAGGGACUGUAUCUUCUGCCCAAACGUUUCUUGCUGUGCGUUGAUUUUCUCGCUGCAAGCAUUAUGUGCACCACGCGCACACACACAUGUAGAACCUGAGUCAAACUGUCUGCACUCAGUCUAUGCUCACUGUGGUAUGUGAUCAAUGCUCACCACCGUUCGUGCACAUAACGUGUACUCGAAAUUGUACAGCCAUGUUUCCUCUCAAAGAGACUCCCUUAAGACACAUAGCCGUAAAACAGAGGGCUUAGUUAGAUUGUAUCUACACAAGACGUGAUGGUGAUGAUACUGCGAGAGUACUUUUUCUCGUGCCAAUGAUAAGAGUGUUGCGAAUGUUACGUUUUUUUGUUGUUGUUGUUUGUUUGUUCGUUUGUUUGUUACCAAAAACAAAGUGCUGUUGCCAUUAACCAUUGCUGCACUGUACACUGGUGUCGCUUCCUUUGACGUGUCAUGCACUCCAAGACGGUCACCGAGAUGAAGACAUGCUAUAUAGUAUAAUGCUUGUUUUCAGUGAUGCGCACAAUUACUUGUUGUCUCUGAGUGGCUCUAUGACCUGUUUAGGUAUCGCGCGUGCUAGCUGUAGGAAAGUGAGGUACCGAAUGUGACCAUUCCAUCUUGCUUAACCUGGUAAAUUUGCAUUCAAAGGUGGUUUAAACUUUAAUCUCGACUUAUGAAGUAGUUGAAACUUUGAGGAGUAUGAUCUGCUUCAUCUCUCAAUUACGUCUCUGAAGCUUUGUGGUGAGGGUAACGUGUUUAUCGCUUACCGACUGUAGUCACGUCUCUCUCGUAAAAUUACGAUUGGUCAUACCUUUUCAUGGAAUGCAGUUGGCAAUUCCUUACCUGUCAAUAAGUGUGACAUUUUGAGUGAAGCACUUAUGGAGGACAAGCUAAACUCACUAGAAAUACCUUUCACUAGGUAGCUUUAGAUUUUACAGUUGUUGCAGAGAUGUCUGAAAUAUUGUGUGACACAAGAAAAUGGGUUUAACCUGAGGCAUAGAAUCUAUUGGCACAUGCUUCUCAGCAAUGUUGUGGAGGUGGUCGGAGCAUUGUGUCUGUAAAAAAUUUGGAAAUUUAGACAGUUGGCCAGUGGCAGUAUGUUCCCUGCUUGCUUAAGCUGGUCAGAUCUGCAUGCCAAACAAUGAGCAGAUGUGAUAGCCAUGACUCCAAAGUUAGCACUUGCUAUGAACGAGAUGUCAAGCAUAAAUGACUGCAAUGAGCGUCACAUGCGAAACGUUUUAGAGCUCAGCUCUUAUGCACCCGUUCCUGCGUGUUGCAUUGGCGUCGUCCCUCGGCGCAACCGAGCGAAUGAGCACAGUGAAGGAUCAAAAAGCGAACGAAGAGUGCAGCAGGGGAUGAAAGACAGUGAUGGCCAAUCGAGUGCAAGGAGGAAAGCAGAGGAGGGGGGUAUCGUGAAUGUGUGAGAAGAAAAGCGCAGCGCCGUGCAAGACGGCCUCUGCCGUGAUGACCCUUACGACAUGGCAUCAGAGUAGCGCACUGUCUGUUCACCGAUGGCAUGCAGCCAGUGCACCCGCUGAUACCAUAUAUGGAAACAAAGCGCUGCAUGAGUGGAGGUCUGUCUGCGGCGGCUGCUGCGAAUCACACCAACGCGUCACCCAAGUGCUGCCUCUCACGAUCUCCCAAUUAGCGAGGCAGUCACACCACACUUCGCUCCAUUUGCAAUGUGCUGCACGAGACAGAUUGUCUGCGCCAGCCAAUAUAUCGCGAAAUGAAAACACACAUGAAGCUGCGCUUGAAUUUCGCAUUAGGUAGUACCGUCAUCUUCGGUGGAAUUUUUUGGCCGAAUUACUGUCCUGUUUCAAAUGGGAAAUGCUCAAGACUUCUUUGCUGUAGGGAACACAAUACCAUGAAAUUUCAUGUUCUCAAGUUCUGCAGGAGAUGAGGCUGGGGGUGCCCCUCUUGUCCGGUGUCUGAUUGGCACAACCAGUAUAUUGGAAACCUUGGCGGUUGUUGCUUCAACCUUUUGGCCAACAUGUAUUUGCCAUUAUUUCAUUGCCCACGAGUUGACAAUUAGAGUACAUUCACCAUGCAGAGUAAAGGAAAAAAGAAAGUCACCUGUACAUAUUUGACCUCUAAAAUGUCAGUUUGUCACAAAAGUUCAACGGUUACUUUUUAUUUUGCAGUGUUCAGUAGCAAUGCAUGUUACCUAUACAGCCUCUUAUUAUCACUGCUUUCUUUCUCUAGUAUUACGAACAAGUAAUAUCAACCUAUUGAAGUUUACUGCAUAACAAAGCCUCUCUCAGAGAUUUACAGAGAUGCCCCUGUCCUGUGCAUAGCUGCCAAACCCAUCCUGUGCCUGCAAGUUUUCUAACCUCACCGCUGGAUAAUCUCACCACCCCUCUUCCUUGGACACUGGUAGGCCUGAUAAUUCCACAAAUAGCCCCCCUGUUCUAAGUUCUGCAGUUAAACGUAGGAAUUGUUAUAAAUGCAUUGUGUUACAGCGUUGUGUAAGGUUUAUAUCUCAACUUAGCUGUUACUUAGUUCCUGACAGUUACUUACCCUGUGCUAACUCUGACAUUUCUGUACUGUCCCCUUUGCCAGUUUUUUGACAGGAUGGUGACCAACCACAGGCAACACAUAAUUUGGUCUGUGGCAUUUGGCAUCGUAAUGGUGGCUGCAUACAUUAUUUUGAAUCUUGCUUAUUGUCUGGCAAAAGCAUAUUAAAUUCUGGUUGAUACACAAGUGAAAUUAGAAAAAACAAAAACAAAUAGAAAGCCCAGGAUUUCAGUUUAAAUAUUUAUCUUGACCAAGACUUGUAUUUUCGAAAUUUCUCCGUUGAUUUUUGCAGCUUUAAUUGGGGAAUGGAGGGGCAAUUCAGAAAAAUAAGAAGCGAGACAAGGGAAUCGGACAGGAAGUACCCGAGAACUACUAUUGAUUUUCUCAUUGUUUGUCCGAUAUUAGAGAGCUUUAGAGAGGUGUACUAGUCAUCGGUGAAUAUCCAAAAUACUGGAAGACUUAUCCAGGAAUGGCAGCACUGGUGGUGGCGCCCUCCUGUAGCACCCAAAUCAACUACAAACUGCGCAAACUAUUCUUGAGGUGCAUCACUUUCCCAUUCAAAAGAGAUUACAAAAAAAUUUGCUCUUGGCAAUUAUUCCACUGUUGGCACGUUUUCACUAGUGCACGUGUGGAAUAGAUUUGAUCAAUGCAGUGAAGUUUCUGCAUACUUCCAUUAAAGGCACACUAAUGAGGAAUGUCAAGUGAUGUAGCGCUGAUGUAGUGCCAGAUUCAAAAAGGACAAACAUGACAUUUACUUCUUCCACUAGUGAUGGACCCUCAUCCACCAGGUGAACGAAAAUUUCUAAAAAAUUACUUUACUAAUCCGAAGUGACGAAGUGUCACUCCCAAGUGCGUCCCUUUAAGUGCAGCAUCACAUGACAGUACCAGCACUGCUGCUCAUGUCCGUGCUUACCAUUGUUCUGGUAUAUGUAUAUACCAGGUCUCCGCUGUGCCAAGACUAUGAAAUGGCUUGUGUGUACAUCUUAGUACUACCGAGCUCGGUAUGAGCUACAAUGCACAAGUGCUUUGCCGCAUGCUUUCGCCUUGUUGCUCAUGCUGAUCACGAUAGAUAGCAGUUUUUUGUAAAAAUUUAUAAUUUGUGUUCCUCACAUACAAGCUCUCUCCAUCAUUGGCUGUUCCACCCAGCGCCCAGGUAGGGGGGGGGGGGGGGGGGCAUGUUAUGGUGAUAUAGACAGGCUGUCCAUUCCGCAUGUGGCUCUUGAGAUGCGAGUGAAGCAAUUUAUUUUGGUGCUACUGAGGGAAAGGAAAAAAAAGAAAACUGUUGCUUGUCACCAAAGAUUAUUUUUGCCAGCUCUCAGAGGGGCAAGUGGAGAGAAAAAAGAAAAAUUUGCCUUGGAAAAAAAAAAAGAAGAACCGCAAAUAUAUAUUGUACAUACCACUGCCUGCUCAGAGAGUUUGUGUCUUUUGAAGAAAACGAAUAAAGAUGAAACGUUGUACAUACCAGCAAA